UCUUCAGCAUGGACACAAACUCUACCAACGCAACGUCAAGUCUACUYGGUAAGAGCUGUCAGUUUUCUCGAGUGGCAAGCAUCGUCUUCAUCUUUCUUCAUGUGCUGUCAAGUGUCCUUGCUAUCACUGGCAACUCUUUAGUCUUGUUGGCGGUUUACAAGUCUCAGAGGCUGCGUAAUGUCUCCAACUUUUUCCUGUGUUCCCUUGGAUUUGCCGACUUUUUGGUGGGCGCCAUCAUGAAUCCACUUUACGCCACAUUUAUGGCUCUAUUCAUGACCAGUACAAGGCUUCCCUUCUUUCUCUUCAAGAUAUCCGACUUCCUGACAUGCCAGACACUCGUGGCUUCGACAAUCAGCCUGUGUUCAGUGAGUAUCGAUAGAUAUAUAGCUAUAAAAUGGCCUCUAAGAUAUCAUUUGAUCAUGAGCGACAAGAAAUGUGGUAUGGUGAUCUCUUGCGUUUGGCUUUUCUCGAUCGCUAUGGGAAUUCCCCAAGUAAUUCUUUCCGAUCGACGUGACUUGAAACUGUUUGGAAUCCUUAGUUCUGCAAUCACAGCAAUAGUUCCUUUAUCUGUGAUCGUAUUCUGCUAUGUCCAGAUUGUCGCCAUUGCAAGAGAGCAAAGCCGCAUGUUAGCAGGCUCAACCCAUGGUCCAAGUCACCAAGAAAGGAUUCGAAUCAGAGCCAUGAAGUUCGAGAAGGCAGCCUUAACGUUCGUUCUAAUCGCUGGAGUUUUUGUUCUAACCUUCACGCCUCAUCUUGUUUUGUCCUUUGUGCACGUGUUCGUCCGAGAAGAUGCUACGGGAUGCUCUUUUCACAAGAAAUAUGGAAUUUGGUUCAUCCUUCUUAUGUUUUCCAGCUCGUUUUUGAAUCCUAUAAUAUACUCAGCCAGAAGCAGAGAAUUCAGAAAUGCGUUCAAAAGACUCCUUAAAUUACACGUGUGAUUCAGUAGAACCUGUGUAGUUGAAAGGGUGCAUUAUAUCAAUAUUUUAACAUCUCGAUAUUUUGAAUUGUAAGAGUAUCAUUGUAUUUUG